UCUCCAACGCCAAACCCUGAGCCAAAGCCUGAGCCUUCUCCAACGCCAAACCCUGAGCCUUCUCCAACGCCAAAGCCUCAGCCUUCUCCAACGCCAAAGCCUCAGCCUUCUCCAACGCCAAACCCUGAGCCAAGCCCUGAGCCUUCUCCAACGCCAAAGCCUGAGCCAAACGCUGAGCCUUCUCCAACGCCAAACCCUGAGCCUUCUCCAACGCCAAACCCUGAGCCAAAGCCUGAGCCUUCUCCAACGCCAAAGCCUCAGCCUUCUCCAACGCCAAACCCUGAGCCUUCUCCAACGCCAAACCCUGAGCCUUCUCCAACGCCAAACCCUGAGCCUUCUCCAACGCCAAACCCUGAGCCAAACCCUGAGCCUUCUCCAACGCCAAACCCUGAGCCUUCUCCAACGCCAAACCCUGAGCCUUCUCCAACGCCAAACCCUGAGCCUUCUCCAACGCCAAAGCCUGAGCCUUCUCCAACGCCAAAGCCUGAGCCUUCUCCAACGCCAAAGCCUGAGCCAAAGCCUGAGCCUUCUCCAACGCCAAACCCUGAGCCAAACCCUGAGCCUUCUCCAACGCCAAACCCUGAGCCAAACCCUGAGCCUUCUCCAACGCCAAACCCUGAACCAAACCCUGAGCCUUCUCCAACGCCAAACCCUGAGCCUUCUCCAACGCCAAACCCUGAGCCAAAGCCUGAGCCUUCUCCAACGCCAAACCCUGAGCCAAACCCUGAGCCUUCUCCAACGCCAAACCCUGAGCCUUCUCCAACGCCAAACCCUGAGCCAAAGCCUGAGCCUUCUCCAACGCCAAACCCUGAGCCUUCUCCAACGCCAAACCCUGAGCCAAACCCUGAGCCCUCUCCAACGCCAAACCCUGAGCCUUCUCCAACGCCAAACCCUGAGCCUUCUCCAACGCCAAACCCUGAGCCUUCUCCAACGCCAAACCCUGAGCCAAAGCCUGAGCCUUCUCCAACGCCAAACCCUGAGCCAAACCCUGAGCCUUCUCCAACGCCAAACCCUGAGCCAAGCCCUGAGCCUUCUCCAACGCCAAACCCUGAGCCAAGCCCUGAGCCUUCUCCAACGCCAAAC